GUGUCGGUUCGGGUGAAUUAGUUAAUAAAUCAACAAAAUUUAGCAGGAAAUAAAAACUAGGCGCUUAAAGUUGAAUACUAUUAUAAUUUUUUUUGGUUAUUACGUGUGCAAUUUAUCUCAGCUUAAAUUAAUAGUUCUAACAUACACUAAACAACAAAACGGGAAAAAAAAUUUGCGUCUCGCGCUAGCUGUGUAUGUAUGUAUAUAUGUAUGUGAAUGCGAGUGCGCGCGCGUGUGUAUGUGUGUCUGCACCUUUUUAAUAUCGAUUAAGUCCAUUGUCAUAAAAAAAGUGCAAAAAGGAAGUAAAGCUGAAAAACUAAAAUUAAUUUUGUAAAAGCAAGCUAAAGUUUGUUUUAUUUGCUUGUGACAAACAACAACAAGGAGAAGAAGAGAAGCAAGCGAAACGCGGAAACGCUAAACAACAGUUCUCUCGUGAGAGGCCAGAAUGGAGACUAGCAGUAGUCGGAAUGCUGUCAGCGCUGUUAGAAUUUCUAAUGUGCGCCUUGUUAAUGGCAAACAUAAGCCAGCGAUAAACCAACAACAAGAAGAACAACAACAACAGCAGCAGCAACAACAACAGCAACAGGAGCAACAACAAAAUGAUCAGCAAGCAGCGCAGCCAGCAGCUAAACAACCCAUGACUGCAGAUGAGCGUAAAGCAACUAAAAAAUCUUUAGUUAUUGUUGUUGCUAUAUUUGUUGCUAGUCUCGCAACCAUGUUCUAUGUCUACGCAAUAUUUCCCGAAUUGAAUGACACCGAAAAGGAACAUUUGAAAAUUCCGCGUGAUAUUCAAGAUGCCAAGAUGCUGGCCAAAGUGCUGGAUCGCUACAAGGACAUGUAUUACUUUGAAGUGAUGUUUGGCGUUGUCGUCGCCUACGUUUUCCUACAAACAUUCGCCAUUCCCGGAUCAUUGUUCCUGUCGAUUCUACUGGGAUUUCUGUAUAAAUUUCCGAUUGCAUUAUUUCUAAUCUGCUUCUGCUCAGCGCUGGGCGCUACUCUAUGCUAUCUGCUAUCGAAUAUAUUGGGACGCCGCUUGAUCCGCCACUUCUGGCCCAAGAAGACCAGCGAAUGGUCGAAGCAUGUGGAAGAGUAUCGCGAGAGUUUGUUCAACUAUAUGUUAUUCCUACGCAUGACACCGAUACUGCCAAAUUGGUUUAUUAAUUUGGCCUCACCGGUAAUUGGCGUGCCGCUGCACACAUUCGCAUUGGGCACAUUCUGUGGCGUCGCCCCGCCCUCGGUGAUCGCCAUACAGGCGGGCAAGACAUUGCAGAAGAUGAGCAGCUCGAGUGAGGCCUUCUCCUGGACCUCCAUGGGCAUUCUAUUCAUAUGCGCCUGCGCUUCGCUCUUGCCGGGCUUGCUCAAAAACAAAUUCAAGGCGAAGCAGCAAAAGAAAGUGGCGUAAGGACUUUAACACCACCCAGCACUAACACCACCAAACUACAACAACAACAGCAUUCGUUUUAUUUUAUGAUAAAUUGUACCAAAAAAAAAAAAAAAAUACAA